AUGUUGCUUUGCGCGUAUCAGCUGCUGUUUCAAGGGCCCCUGAGAAACCCAAGGGGCAAAUGGACGGACGCCCAAGAUAUGGGCCCUAGCUUGAAACCACCUUGGGGUGGGCGGGCAUCCACUCCAGGCGCAGCGAGGCUCGUGGAGGCCAUCACCAUCGCACCUGGCCAGGCCCUUCCCCUGCCCAUCCACCUCACCCUCCCCCCCUCCCCUUCCUGCCACGACGCCCUCAACGUCAGCUUUCGCGUCACGGCCACCUUCCCUGCCUCCCCCCCCCACACCUUCAACCACACCCUCCCCCUGGGCUGCAAGCCCUUUGGGCAUGCCUACACCUUCACUUUUCUGGAUGCCGAUGGCUCUGUACAGUAUGCCGCAGCAAAGGCGCCGAUCAAGCCGUGCCCCACUUCAGGCUGUGCGGUGGUUCUGGCGCUGCACGGAGCCGAUGUCGACGCUGCUUCCCGCGUGUGGGCGGAUGCCAUCCCGGCUCAAGAGGCGGCAUGGGUGGUGUUCCCGACCAACAGGGACAAGUACGGGUUCGACUGGCAGGGCGUGGGCAACCUGGACACCCGGCUGUGCCUGGACUACUUCGCGGACAUCCUGCCCGGCGUGGCGCCAGACAAGGCCGAUUCCUACGCCGUAGAUGUGAGCAGGAUUCUCUUCACGGGCCAUUCGAUGGGCGGCCACGGGUGCUUGAUCUUCAGCACGCACUUCCCGGACCUUGCCCUCGGGGCUGUGUGCGCUGCUGGGUGGAUAAGGUACGAUCAGUACGUGGACGAGUUUCCGGGCGUGCAGUCAAGCUUCGAGGACCCGUCCCUGAAUGCGGUGCUGAUGAGCGCCGUGGCGGACUACCACACGGACGUGGCGGCCGUCAACCUGAAGGGCAUCCCGUUCAUGGCGCGCAUGGGAUCCGACGACACGAAUGUGUGUCCCUGGAACCUGCGGCGCUUCGCUCGGGUGCUGGACGAGAUCAACGGCGCGCCCGAGUCGGCGGUGAUCUCCGAGGUGGCCGGGGAGCCGCACUGGUGGGGGGACGUGCUCAGCGCGGACGUGGUGCAGGAUUUCUUCAAGGCGGUGCUGGCUGGGGACAAGCCGGCGCUGCCGAAGGCAUUCAGGGUGAGGGCGAUGAAUUUGUGGCACGGGGGGAGGGGGGGCGUGAGGAUCGCGCAGUUCCACGCGCCGUUCACGUCGGCGUGGAUCGACGUAGGCAUCCAUGGGGGCGUUUGGCGAAUGGCGACCACCAACGUGCGGCGGUUCAGGAUGGGGGACGUUGCCGGCCUUAAGGUCCCAGCGGUUGAGGAGCUGUGGGUGGACGGCCGGAACUUGACCGAGGCGAUUGGGGGGAGGUCGGGGUUGGAGUUUGUGCAAAAAGUUGAGAACGGGCAGUGGGCGGUGAGCGGGGGGGAUGCCUGGCGCGUGUACGAGCGGUACGAGAGGAACGGCGGGCCUAUGCGGCAGGUGCUGUACGGCAAGGUGGCGAUCGUCUAUGGGACGCCCGCUGGCGCGGGCGAGGCUCUGGCGAGGCACGCCGUGCGGCUGGCCAACCGGAUGCUCGCCCACGGCCACGGGCUGGCGAUGGUGCGUAGCGACCAGGAGGCGAUCGAGAGCCCGGAGAUGGUGGCCGGGAGGAAUUUGAUCCUGAUCGGAGGGCCGGAUGUGAACGCCCUAUCGGCGCGGUUGCUCCCCCGCAGCACGGCGGGCCUGACGGCGGAGUUCGGGCCCCGGAACUCGGAGGAAUCUGGGGAUUCGACGACAUCUGGGGUUCCGGCGGGAUCUGGGUUCUGUCUGUGCGGCGUGUGGUACCGGGGGCCCAACAUCGGGCUGGCGAUGCUGGGCGCGUUCAACGCCACGGAGGGCGGCGCGCAUUUGUUUGCGUUGGCCGCGGGCACGGACCUGGCGGGGAUGGGCGCCGCCGUCGGGCUGUUGCCGGUUGGCGCCAACCGGGAGAUCCCGGACUACGUGGUGGCAGGCCCGCGCUACACCUGGCAGAGCUCGGGCGGGUUCCUGGCGGCGGGGUACUUUGGGAACAACUGGCGGUGCCGACCGGACCUGAGCUACCCACGGAGCCCGGCGGGGACCGGCUGCGGCGCCGGGGAGCGGGGGCCAACGGCCACCACGGCGCCCAUCUUUGUCACGUGA